AUGGUAACUCGAAGUCAAAAAGAUAUCUUUAAGCCAAAACGCCAGUUUAACUUAAGUACCACGGUAACGAAGUCACCCCUACCUCGUACCCCUUUGAUUGCCCUUCGUGACCCGAAUUGGAAAAUGGCUAUGAAUGAUGAAUUUGAUGCUCUUAUUAAUAAUAAGACGUGGGAGUUGGUGCCCCGUCCACCUAAUGUGAAUGUUAUUCGUUCAAUGUGGAUUUUCUCUCAUAAAGAAAAGUCUAAUGGUGAUUUUAAGAGGCAUAAAUACCGUCUUGUAGGUGAUGGUAAAACUCAACAGGUUGGCAUUGAUUGUGGUGAAACUUUCAGUCCAGUUGUGAAAUCGGCAAUGAUCCGCACGAUUCUUAGUCUCUCUUUGUCCAAGCAUUGGCCCAUUCAUCAAUUGGAUUUUAAAAAUGUAGGGGAAUACAGUUAA